AUGGCUAGCAGGUUACGCUAUUUGCUUUUAAAAAUUCUAGAUGAAGUAGUAGAAGCUGAUAUGAGGAGGCUGAAGCUUGAGUUAACGCAAAGGAUGGAAAUGUACAGUACAGCAUGCAAAGAAGCAUAUAUAUCACAGCAGAGGUUUAUGGAGUUGACCCACCAGAGACUUGAGGAAGAAAAAAAAAUAGAUGAGGCACGAUUGGCUCAGGAAGCUGCAAUGGCAAUUGCUGAGAAAGAGAAAGCAAGAUGUAGAGCAGCCAUGGAAACUGCUGAAGCAUCUAAGAAAAUUGCAGAGGUGGAAACACAUAGAAGAGCGAGUGUUGAAGUUAAAGCUCUUAAAGAAGCAGAGGAAAUGAGGAAGCUAUUGGAAAAUCUAGCCCAAACUGAUGUGAGAUAUAGGAGAUACUGUAUAGAGGAGAUUGAAACAGCCACAAACUUCUUUUCUGAAUCCCAGAGAAUCGGGGAAGGAGGUUAUGGCCUUGUUUAUAAAUGUUACCUUGAUCACACUCCAGUUGCUGUCAAGGUUCUACGUCCAGAUGCUGCUCAAGGGAAGUCACAGUUUCAGCAAGAGAUUGACAUACUGAGCUGCAUGCGACACCCAAACAUGGUGCUUCUUCUAGGAGCGUGUCCGGAGUAUGGAAUAUUGAUUUAUGAAUAUAUGGCUAAUGGAAGCUUAGAAGAUUGUCUGUUUCAAAAAAAGAACAAGAGUGUUCUGUCUUGGCAGCUGAGGUUCCGAAUUGCUGCAGAGAUAGGGACGGGAUUACUAUUCCUGCAUCAGACCAAGCCUGAACCUUUAGUGCACCGUGAUCUGAAACCAGGCAACAUUUUGCUAGACCAGAAUUAUGUGAGUAAGAUAAGCGAUGUUGGAUUGGCAAGGCUUGUCCCAGCUGUAGCUGAAAAUGUAACACAAUGCUGCAUGACAUCAGCAGCUGGAACACUUUGUUAUAUUGAUCCUGAGUAUCAGCAAACAGGAAUGCUUGGUGUGAAGUCAGAUGUUUAUUCUCUAGGGAUCAUAUUUCUUCAAUUAUUGACAGGCAGGCCUCCAAUGGGACUGGCUCACCUUGCUGGAGAGUCUAUCGAGAAGGACACCUUCGUCGAAAUGCUGGAUCCAUCUGUCACCGGGUGGCCUCUUGAACAAGCCUUGUGCCUUGCAAAAAUAGCAGUCAAGUGUGCUGAACUUAGGCGAAAAGAUAGGCCAGACCUCGCCAAACUAGUGUUGCCAGAGCUAGAUAAAUUGAGAGACUUUGCCGAACAAAACAUGAACAUGCCUAUCUUUUUAGGAUGCACUGCAUCUUCACCCAGCCACAGUGAAGCUUUCGUGCAUCAGGAUGUGAUCAGCGACUUGCGGCUUGUACAUUCGGAAAGCUCAUCGGCUCCAUCAACGCCCACAGAAGGAAAACCUUAAACAUAUAUAUAGUCGAGGCCAGAUUUGUCUGUUUCGAUGUAUAUAACGUGCAUGCAGGGGCCAUCUCAAUUCUCAACUAAACUCCACUACCACUAGAGUCUAGAGAUAAUGUACGCAUUCAACAAGAACUUAUUUCUGUUCAAUGAUGUGUGGGGUGCAAAUAUAGGUAGAGCGGGCAUCGCAAUUUUUGUAUUAUGUAAAUAUCUUGGGCGAUCUCCAAAAGGGGGUUCUUAAUGAUUCCUUAA